AUGGCCCAACUGUUCGAUUGGCUGGAAAGCGGGGAUCGGCAAAGUUUCAACCAGGAUUAUAGGAAAUGGCUAGCCGAGCCGGACCUUCCAGGCCCUCUACGCGCGGCGCUGUACUUGGCAGAAAUCGUGUUUGAAGUGUCGAGUGUCCCAGUGAAUUUGGUCAUUGCGUGGUGUUUGUUUAAAAUGACGACUUUCCAUCCAAACUUGCGACUACUUUUGGCCAACGAUAUUUUGAGUGGAGUGGUUGAGGUGAGUAAAAAGAUGUUUGUUAUUGUACUAUUAGGUCUAAAAGUAUGACUCCGCCGUUUUUUUGUUUUGCAUUUUUUACAGGUUGGAAUACAAUUUUGCAAUUUCUGUUUAUAUGCUAUAAAAGGACGUUGAAAACGCUGUCUAAUGAUAUAUGCUUCGUACAGUGAGGCCUUAUAUGACGGUUUUUAUAAAGCUUCAAAGAUGAUCGACUUCAUCUUAAGAAAAGGUGACUUGCGGGAAACUUUAUUCUGCACGUGUAAUGUGAGGAAAAACGCCGAUAACGCAUCGAACGUUUACAGAAGCUUGUGCUAGUUGUGCCUUGAGUGAAAAAAUCCGGCGGGAAUGGCUUCAACGGUUCAAAACCGGUGAUCUUCACACCCAUCCAAAAAAUUUUAAGAUGGAGAUUAUUCGAUAAAAACAAUCCCCAGACGCAAAAAAAGUUAGCCGUGAAGCUAAAGCUGACUCAGAAAGCAGUUUCACAGAGUCUGCAACAAAAGUGAAAGACGCAGGGAGCAAGGAGUUGGGUACCAUAUUAAUUGACCUAAAACAAUAUGCAAUAUUCUGAUGGAAAGACAGAAAAGAAAUUCUUUUUGCCUCAAUUCGUGACCGGGGGCAAACAAUAAAUGAAUUUUGACAACAGUUACAGCCACCGGAAUAAAAAAAAUUUAUCCUGUUUUUUGGUCAUUUCAGACUCUAUGUUGAAAAACUGGCCAAGGCACGCUAGAACACCUAAGGUUAAAGGUCCUACCCUACCCGCUAUACUCUUCUGACACCACACUUUCAGAAUAACACUUGUUUCGACCGAUGAAACCCGAUCUGAGGCAGCAGCGCUUCACUGAAUACAAAAAUGUCCAAAAUUGGCCCGAUGACUAAAUUGCCUCAAAACAAAAAAUCGUUUUCACUGAUGGUAUUGAAAAGUUGCUCAAAUUGUGGGAAAAUGUCGUAGUUAAUAAUGGUAAUAAUAAUUAAAUAAGCUUUAAUGUAAAAAUUUUUUGUUUUGAUUAAAAUUGUCAAGCCAAAAAAACGGCGGAGUCAUACUUUUAGACCUAAUAUAUAUCAGUGUGUUGGGAAUAUAGUGAGGGCUCUGUUGCAUCGCCGCCGACAAAAUGAAUUGUGUCGCCAGGACCCAUGAAUCGACAAAAUCAAAUUUCUUUUCACGUCAGCGACGUGGCGGGCACAACGACAGCGCAAUCACUAUUUUCCCCACAGACUGAUGUACUGCAAACGGUAAAGAUCACUCCAGCGACGCACGAACUAUCAGCUUUCUGGAAUAAUUCGGUUCGGCGAAGCGCUCAUUACAGGGUGCGGCAAUUUUUCGGCUGGACUUGAAUUGUCUAUAUCUUUUUUAGUUUUUUGCCAAAUUUUAAAAUUCUUUUUUCCCCUGAAUCCUUAGACAUCCCCAUUUUGUUUAAAACAGAUUUUGCGAGAGACUCGAGCUUUCAGAUAUGCCUUGUGCACAAAAAACAAGAUGUUACAGUAGAGACUUGAAAUACCUACCGUGGUUAGCUAGUUACCAGUGUAUUAAAAUGGGCAGGUCAAAUUUUGAAUUUUUGGCUUACUGUAGGUAUACUGUAACAUUUUCAGAUUUUUCGUUUCUCCUCGACUAGUUGCCCGAUUGACUCCGGACCUUUUCAGGGUUAUAGAAUGAUUGAUUCUAAGCAACUUUCAUAUUGACGCCUUUUUGCUAGGACUUCUGGAAGUGUGCGAAAAAUUUGCAUAUUUAGCAAAAAAUUUAAAAUUCUUGAAUUUUCUUAAAAAAUUUGCAUACUUGUACAUCCUUUUUAUUGCUGUAAAUAACACUCUAUGAUGUGGGGAUUCCAACGGUGGCAAAAUCAUGGCUGGGCGGCCUGUCAAGUCUGAGAACGAGGCCUCUAAACAUUUGGUCAUCACGAAAUUUUUUUGUUUCAAAGUUGGAUACGUGAGAUAUCGGGACAAAGUUUAGUUCCAUUAUAAUCUACAUAAAAUUCUAAGACUUUUAAACCCAUUCCCAUGAGUCUCAGACCGACCGGUCAAAAGAUACGACCAAUUUUCGAGAUUUUUUAUUUUUUUCAAUUUUCGCCAUAAAGAUAACAGAAUUGCUAAAUUUUUAUGGUCAAAACUGAAUCAGUGCCCUCGCUGUACCCUCGUACUAUAUAGUUUUAAUCUUGGUCGCUUUGGGCGCUAUUCAAAAUUUUUUGAAACUUUGGCAAAGUCCUCAAAUUUUUGAUUUCUUUCUUCACAGGCAAGGUCAAAAUUCAAAAAAAAAGCAAUUUAUCGUAUCGUAUGUCAAAUUUUAAAAAGAUACGGCGCGGGUACCACGCUAACUACCCCACAACUACCCCUCCAACUUUUACAACCUCUGGCAUCCAACCUAAACAUGUCGUGCAAAGGCGACCAAAGCUUUGCCCCAUUUCUUUGCACAAAAUAGAAUUUCCACUUUCAUGACGAAAUCUUGGUAUUUUGAUGACACCAUUGAAUUCAGAACUUCUAAUUUAACCUAUAUGUAUAUGUGCAUAAAUCGCUACAAUAAAGUUUCAUAUUUUAGACAUUCAGAUUUUAUCGAGAUUCGGGGAGUCCCGAAUACUGAGGAAGUUCCAUAACUUCCUGAAAAUUAUGGCAAAUACUUUUUUACCAACGUAAUACAACUUUAGUCAAAACUCAAAAAAAAAGACGAAAAGGAAAUUUUGUCGAUUUUAUGCGGCCCUUCGAAUAUGACUUCCGAACGGUUUCAGAAUACGAAAGAUAUACAGGUGUACGUCUGAGUGUUUCUAAAAAAUUCACGCAACUCUUUUUAUGAAUUUUGACCUUGCUGUGAAAAAAGAAAUUCAAAAUUUGAGGACUUUGCCAAGUUUUCAAAAAAAUUUGAAUGGCGCCCAAAGCGACCAAGAUUAAAACUAUAUAGUACGAGGGUACAGCGAGGGCACUGAUUCAGUUUUGACCAUAAAAAUUCAGCAAUUCUGUUAUCUUUAUGGCGAAAAUUGAAAAAAAUAAAAAAUCUCGAAAAUUGGUCGUAUCUUUUGACCGGUCGGUCUGAGACUCAUGGGAAUGGGUUUAAAAGUCUUAGAAUUUUAUGUAGAUUAUAAUGGAACUAAACUUUGUCCCGAUAUCUCACGUAUCCAACUUUGAAACAAAAAAAUUUCGUGAUGACCAAAUGUUUAGAGGCCUCGUUCUCAGACUUGACAGGCCGCCCAGCCAUGAUUUUGCCACCGUUGGAAUUCCCACAUCAUAGAGUGUUAUUUACAGCAAUAAAAAGGAUGUACAAGUAUGCAAAUUUUUUAAGAAAAUUCAAGAAUUUUAAAUUUUUUGCUAAAUAUGCAAAUUUUUCGCACACUUCCAGAAGUCCUAGCAAAAAGGCGUCAAUAUGAAAGUUGCUUAGAAUCAAUCAUUCUAUAUCCCUGAAAAGGUCCGGAGUCAAUCGGGCAACUAGUCGCGGAGAAACGAAAAAUCUGAAAAUGUUACAGUAUACCUACAGUAGGCCAAAAAUUCAAAAUUUGACCUGCCCAUUUUAAUACACUGGUAACUAGCUAACUACGGUAGGUAUUUCAAGUCUCUACUGUAACAUCUUGUUUUUUGUGCACAGCUAACUCGAGUCUCUCGCAAAACUUGUUUUAAUAUCCAUUUAUUAGACUACAGUAAAAACUGAAACCAAAAAAAGUUCUAAUUUUCAUAGCUGACAAGGGAUUAGACAAAGGGGGGACGUCUGAGGAUUCAAGGGAAAAAAAGAAUUUUAACAUUUGGCUAAAAACUAAAAAAGUUAUUGCCAAUUCAAAUUCGGCCGAAAAAUUGCCGCACCCUGUAUUUUCCACCUGCGAUGUAUUGUAAGCUUCGAGCAUCAAGUGUGAGCUUACAAACCAAAAAUUGUAUUUAUUUUAAACUGACUUUGCGCUUUCCUUCAGCUUCUUUUCAACUUGCACAUUUAGUCGUGAUUUUCAACGUUUUGUUAUCGCAAUUCUUGCAGAUGUGUGCACGAGCAAUUAUUGUACUAAAUGUUUUGUGCUACAACUCGCUAGUUUCCACGGAAGUUGUUAAGUUUAUCCAAUUAUAUCGUGGACUAUUCAUCUACCAAGUGCAAUUUUGUUUUUUGAACAUUUUACUAGAGCGACUGAUUGCCAUAUCAUGCCCACAUAAGUAUGAGAGAACGCCGAUUGUGGUGGGAGUUAUGAUUCUGAUUUUUUGGUGGGUUUUCGUCACGCUCUUACUGUAUGUUUUCUGUAAGUUCUUGUUGCGUUAAAUUUUUCUUUUUCCGAUCAGAAUCCAGCAACUCAAAAACUCUUUUUUCAGCCACAACAGUCUCUGCGGCUGUUGGUUUAUUUGUCCAUUUCUCGGUAAGUCCAUCUAUUAUCAGUAUGUCGGGAAAAUAGUGAGCACGCUGUCGCAGCGAAAAUCUCAUCGCCGCCGGAAAAAUGAGUUGUAUCUCGGGAAAUUCAAAUUUCCUUUCGCUCAGCGAUACGAUAUGCGCGGCGACAAUGUGCCCGUUAUUUUUCCGGCAGACUGUUGGUAUUUUCAUAAAGUGCAUGGACAUUUUUCCGCUCUCACACACACUCAUUUUGAAGCUUCUUCCCACGCUUGUCGCUAAUGCACAGUGCAUUCAUUCUUCUGUUUUCGCACAGUGCAAACCACAAAAAAGCCGCUUGCAAUGUGCAAAUUCCAGGUAAAAAUGAAUGGUGAAACAUACGUUCUUUUUGGGCACUGUGCGAAAUGCGACAAAUGUCCAAGCACUUUAUGAAAGUACCACCGAUCUGUUGGAAAAAUAAUGAGCAAAAUGUCGCUACGCCAAUCGCGCCGCACAGCAUUCCGAACUUUUUUCGCCGCCGAUCGGUGUCCAAAAAAAUGAAAAAUUAAAAAGUGCACAUUACAUUUUCAUAUGUGUAAGCCGUUGAAAUGAAAAACAACUUUAUUUUUCCGCGACACAAUUCAUUUUCUUGGUGCCAUUUUCGAUGCGACAGAUUGCUCAUUAUUUUCCCGACAGAGUGAUACAAAAAUACUAUACUACGUUUCCCGCAGUUUUCACUAUCAAACUUUCAGGCUUUAUUCCUGACCCGCCGUUGGAUAAGAACGCAGCGAUCGUACCCCACGAACGAAGUGUCCUUGUCCACCAAAUACCAAAUUUCCGAAAACAUUCGAGCCCUGGUGAUGUGUCGCUAUUGGAUUUAUUUCUACUUUGUGAUGAGUAUGAUCUGCAAGUUUUGGCUCUUCUUAGCAUACAUCUCCUUUAUGAAAGAGGAAAAGGAGACGUGGCGGUUGGCAUCCAAUCUUUACGAUCUUUCUCAUGCCAUCUAUGUGCUCUUCUACCCGGCGUUUUUGGUCUAUGGUAACCGACCUUUACGCAAGAGACUGGUGGUGAUGUUUGGAAGAAGAAAUGGAAAAGUAAUGGCAUCCGAUACGAUAGGGCCAGAUGCAAAUAGCCUUGUCAACAACGAUGACUUUAGCGAUUAUUUCAAAAGGCUUCAAGCUUCUUGGGACGCCCCAAAUAAAUGGGAAAACUGUAGUCCCAGAAAUAACAAGUAAUUGGAUAAACAAAUACUCACUACCUCAACUUGUUUUGAACAAAUCUAAUAUGCGAAUAAAAGGCCUGAAGAUUUCGAAAACGCAUUUCCGGAGGAUUGAUCUUUGAGCGGGUGUAAAUGCUAUACUAUCCUGUCGGGGAAAUAACGGGUUGUCGCGGCUUCGAGUCGCCUAUUAUCGGUUUGGAACGGCUCGUCGUGGCUGGGGUUUUGGUGCGCAACUCUUUCUUCGACAAGGAGAAAAAUUUUGCUUUAAUUAGUGAGCGCAAUCGCUGCGGCAACUGCAUUGGUUUUGUCGCAACACAACUUAUUUUUCCGGCGGUGAUGCCUUUCCCAGCUUCAGCAGCCGUCGCAUAGCGAUGAUGGGCUUCCAAGGCACGAAGACCAGCCGUUAUUUUCACGACAGACUAAUAAACGCGUGCUUCCAAGUAUGACGCCUUUGUGUAGCUUAAAGGGCCGUGGAUAUGGUAUGUGUGGCGGCAAUGACAAUCCAAACAAAAUGCGCAAUCUGCCAGCCUAACUGCCAAAGCUCCUCUGUAAAACAACAGCAACUUUCAGAGUCUAGAAACUCUGUAGGAAAUGUUCUUUGGACCAAUGUAUGACGAAAGGGUUAAAGUUCUGUCAUGUUUUCUCGCGGAAAAACAAACGUUUGUGAACCACUUAACAAGAUUAUAUCAUGCACAAACUAUGCGCACACCCAACUACACACCAGUCAGCGUAAACAUUUGUGGCAUUUGCAUGUGUUUCCACGCCGAAGGCGGGUUUUCAGGACUAGACAUGGGCCUCGGAUCGGGGUCGGAAUUUGCCAGUGAAUGAGAGCGGGUCGAUCCAACCCGUUAUUGUGUCAAGUUUUAUCAGGCUGUCGGGAAAAUAGUGAGCUCAACGCCGUUGUGUUGUUGAAGGGGAAAAAAUUUUGGUCUUAUCGCGACAAAAUUCGUUUUCUCGGCGGCAAUGCAAUUUUCGAUGCGACAGAGUGCUCGUUACUUUCCCGACAGAAAAAUAGUAUUUUCUUAAAGUGCAUGGGUAUUUUUUUCUCUGUCGCACAGGGCAUUUUGAACUUUUUCCCAUGCUUGUCGCCAGUGUUUUUCAGUCAGCGCAAGCGCAAGUUCCGGCUUGUCGUACGCAAAAGCGCAAGUCGCUGGUGGAAAAAUUCAAAAUUGUGGCGACAAAAAAGAUGCACAGUGAGGAUAAAACAUGAAAGAAAAAGGUAGAGUGUAUAAAUUUUUCAAACUUUUGACUGCGAAUAGUUUCAACUAGCUAAGCGCUAUGAAAUAAUUUUAAACUACAAACAAGGCCGAAUUUAGCCCAGCUUUGUUUUGAUGGUCAUACAUUUGCAAAAAGUUUUCCUUCAUUUUUUCCAUUGUAUGCCGCCUACAAUUUUUUUCUGUUCGUGAGCAAACUCAAUUUUUGAAGCACGGUGGGCUUCAAUAUUUAGGUUCAAAUUUACGUAUCAAAUUUGCCGCCCUUCCUAAUGUCUAUUCAGGACUAAUUCUUCCAUUUACCGACCUUUGAGGUAUUGACAAAGCACCUGGACGGAAAAAAACCGUUCUAGUGUGCAUACAGCGUGUUUUUUUUUUGCUAUUCUGGAAGGGAACGAAGUUUGCGGGGAGUUUAUGUAUAUUCUAUCAGUCUGUCGGGAAAAUAGUGAGCACAACGUCGCUGAGCCGAUCACGUAGUUGAAUUGAAAAGAAAUUUAAGCUUGCCGCGACACAAUUCAUUUUCUCGGCCGCGAUGCGAGUUUUGAAAAGGAGUGCUCAUUAUUUCCCCGACAUUCUGAUGCUACUCGGGGCAAAGUUUCUGAUAAUUUGCAUAGUGCGUAUUUGGCCGAUUUUUAGCGCGCUCUCGUCGUUUAAACUAAAAAAUUUUUUUUGUGCAAAACUCAGUUCCCCGGCUGCGAUAGGCAUGGCUCUGGGCCCGGCUUUGCAAGAUUUUCCGGCCCGGGCCGACUAAUUUCUAGGCCCGAUCCCGGGCUUCGAUUUUUAGGCCCGGCCCGGCCCGGGCCGGCCCGGUUUUUUUGAAAUCAGAGUUUUGCCCGGAAAAAAGGAAAAAUAAGCUUUUUCGAUAGCAUUUUUCAUUUUUUCGAACGCAAUGCUGAUAGCGAACGUAAAGUGCCCUUAUGUACCUAGGUUUUGCUAAAUUUUUCUUUACAUUUUGCGAAAACUUGCCAUAGUUUCUUUUCAUUUCCCGCUUUCUUUCUUUCCAACCUAGUAUAAAAAUUUUCCGGGCUGAAGCGGGCCUCGCUUUCCAAAUUUUCCAAGCCCGGGCCGGGGCCGGGCUAUCCCGGUUUGCAGCCAUGCUUAGGCUGCGAUGCCAUUUUCAAUGCUCAUUAUUUUCCAUUCAUUUCUUUGACCCUGCUGGUAAUCAUACAGAUAUAUGAAGUGUUUUAGCUUGCAGCUGUCGCCUGUGGCAUGUCGCUGAGUUCGCUGCAAUCCGAGGACCGCAAGAACUUCACAGACACCUACAACCAGUGGCUGGACGAGCCGGAUUACCCGUCCAGCUUUCGGAUUGCGAUUUUUUUCGUCGAACUCUGCUUCGACAUUGGCAGUAUUCCGACCAACCUGAUCAUUGCAUGGUGCUUCUCUCGGAUGCCCACGUUCCAUCCGAAUCUACGGUUGCUUCUGAUGAAUGAUAUUCUCAGCGGUGUUCUUGAAGUGAGCUGGAAAAUAUCGCUUGUAAGCAUGUUUUUUACAGAUUUUGAGUCGCAUUUUGAUUGUACUCAAUGUUUUCGACCAAAACAAAUUUCUUCCGCCGGAAAUGGUCGAUGUGAUACAACAUUACCGUGGUUUGUUUAUGUAUCAAGUUCAAUUUUGCUUUCUGAAUAUUCUGCUGGAAAGAUCGAUAGCGAUGGCGUGGCCGGAUAGAUAUGAGCGGGUCAACAUCUGCGUUGGAGUCGUAAUUCUGGUCGUCUGGGUAAGAAUUCAUCUUUUGUCAGUUUGUCGGGAAAAUAGUGAGCACUCUGUGGCAUGGACGAGAAAAUAAAUUGUGUCGCGGUGAAAUCAGAUUGCUUUCAAUUCAGCGACGGGCAUUGUGCUCAUUAUUUUCCCAACAGACUGAUAACAACCGGAACUUUUUUCCCAACUUUUUAAAAUGUAUUUUUAUUUUCAGUGGAUAUUCUUCACACUGUUUCUGUAUGUGAUCCGUAAGUUUUUUGAAGCCUUGGUUCAUGGGUCCUUACAGGGGAAGUACUCCAAGUGCGACGCUCAGAUUUUCCUUAAAUUUUGCACACACAUCGGGUGUGGAUUAAAUAUCAAUUCCUCAAAGUUUUAGCUCGCGCUUUGCGGGCGCCGCCGAGAUAUCGAACGAUUUCUGCCGCCGAGAGAGCACGCUAAACGUGGAGAGCGGUCAGAGAGAAAAACGCUUUUUGGCCAUAACUUUGGCAGUUUCGUGCGGAAAAAUUUGAUUUUUUGUAGAAACAUUAUCCUUUACGGUUGAAAUAGACAUGAAAAUUUUCGUGCCGAAAUUCGGCAAAAAGUCCUAAAUUUAGCCCGACUUUCAAUCUAAAAAUUUCCGUUGUUUCAGCAAAGCGCAGCUAGGAUUCUCCCAUAUAUCUUAGAAAAAAUUAUUCUAAAUUUGUGCCAAGUUUCAUAAAAAUCUGAGCGUCGCACUUGGAGUACUUCCCCGGUUAGUAAGAUUAAAGUGUUGCCCUCACGUUUCGACGAGAACUAGCACAAAUUUGGGUUGUUUCACUUAUUAGACAUCUAAUGAAACAGCUAGAUUGCACUUCCUAGAAACAACCAUCAUUUUUUAAUCGAAAAUCUGCAAAAAUGCAAAAAAAUUUUUCCGCCUGGUAUUGGCAAAAAUAUGGCCCAAAGUUUUUCGCUCCAGCGGUUCUCCGCGUUGAGUGUGCUCUAUCGGACGCUAGGACUGUUAGCUUCUUCGCCAUGCCUUCCAUAAGCUUCGAGCUCUAUAAUAACACCAAUUUUAGCCGUCUACGUGGCUCUGACAUUGGGAAUAAUCCUGCACUUUCCGGUAAGACCGACCUCUUAGUUCAAAACCUCUCCGCUUUUAGGUGAUAAUUCUUACCAGUCGAUGGAUAAAAACUCAACGACUUUAUCCAACCUACACAGCCUCACUGUCCACAAAAUAUCAAGUCUCCGAGAACAUCCGGGUCCUGCUAAUGUGUCGGCAUUGGCUUUACUUUUAUAUUGCGACGAAUAUGGUCAGCAAGGCAUGGUUUCUUCUGGCAAUUCGUUCCUUUAUUAAGAACCAGAAGACCAACUGGAGAAUGUUCUCAAAUCUCUACGACCUGACGCACGCAAUAUACAUGUUCUUCUUCCCCAUCUUCCUGGUUUACGGGAACCGGAAUCUGCAAAAGCGCCUGAAAACGUUGUUUGGAGUACGAAGGGGGAAAGUUGAAGCGUCGGAGAAGGGCUACGAACUCGAGGAGAAUAGUGUUGUGGACACGGAGGACUUCAGCGGUCAUUUUAGACGUCUACAAAUGAGUUGGGAGAGUGAUGCGAGAUGA